AUGCCACGCGCUGGUUUACGCAAUAGUCUUGUGGAACAACCAAGAUCAAAUGAAGAAUCAUCUCCUGUAAAACUAACUCGAAAACGUACGCGCAAAGCUCUUCAUCCUAUUGCAACAGAUACUGAUAUUGCCAAAGAAGACUCAUGCAUUUCGUCAUCUUCGUUAAUUGAUAGCACUUGUGCUAGUCCAGCACGACGAGCGCGUCUUCUCAAUCCUCAAGUCUCAGCAGCUAAAAUUGCUCUUCAUUCUCAUACUACUCGUCAGAUAUGUGGCCGCGAAGAAGAACGUCGUCUCAUCCAUGAAUUCUGCACUCAAAAAGUCCUCGAUUCAAGUGAUGAAAAUGGAUCUAUUAAUAAUCCUUGUUUAUACAUCUACGGAGCACCUGGCACUGGUAAAACAGCUGUGGUAACCAGUGUAACGACAACAUUUGUCGAAGCGCAUCAACUGAAAGUUAUCUUUCUCAAUUGUAUGUCGAUGGAUAUAGUCCGCGAUGUUCUCGAGCAUUUACUCGAACAACUCAAUUGUAAAACAAAAAUCACAACUAAAAAUAUGUGGUCACUAGCGCUUUCGCAUGUCAAAAAGAAUCCUUUACCUGUUUUGCUCAUUCUCGAUGAAGUUGAUGAAUUACUCUCAUCAAGUGACAUGGAAAACGUCUAUAAAUUACUCGAAUGGCCACAUCAAACAUCAAAUUUACUGAUGAUCGGUAUUGCGAACUCAUUGGAUCUCACAGAUCGAUUAUUACCUCGAUUGCAAUUGAAACCUGAGCAUAAACCACAUCUACUACGUUUUUCACCUUAUAAUCGCGAACAGAUGUUAUCCAUCGUGAAUGAUCGUCUGGGUUCUAUCGAGCUAUUCGAUAGAAACGCGUUAAUGUUAUGUGCAAGCAAAGUUGCGUCCACAACAGGAGAUCUACGAACUGUUUUCGAUGUUUGUCGUCAAUCAAUAGAAUUAACGAAGGAUUCACCAACCAAAGUGAACGUUGGUGUUACCCAAAUGAUGGAAGUAUUUACUAAUAGCAGUCAAAAUACUAACUCUUCGGAUCAUAUUCAAACAAAAAGUUUGCCAACAUUCGAAAAAUUACUUCUCUGCUCAUUAAUCGUGUGUAUGAGAGCAAGUAAAAAGCGUGUUUGUACACGAGCAAAGUUAUUUAUGAUCUUUCAUGAUUUAUGCACAAAAUAUAAACUUCCAGUAGCAGAUGGUUUGGAAUUCGAAGGUUUAGUCGAUGCACUGGAAGCUCAUGGACUCGUGAAAAUCGUCCUAUCAAAAAGUAAAAUUAAGCAAGAUGAUCAGAUCCACGGUAAAGUUGAAGAGAACGUACUGAUUGAUGCCCUUCAAGAUCAAACAUUGCUCGGCAUGGUUUUGCAUAAUUAA